GUUUCAUUGACUAAUAUAUUGCACAUUUUCUGUCUAAGAAAGGCAUAACUGCUUUGGGUAUUUACUUUAAUAAGUAAAAAAUAGGUUGAGGUGAUGCAAGAUGUAUAAUUUUGUCUUUAUAUCAAAUGAGCAGUGAUAGGAAUUGUCAAUUUAUGUUUAUAAAAUUAAAAAGCUAAAAUGGUAACUAGAAGUGAUGCUAAGUUUCAUUGUAUUCUCACAUAGUUUUAGUAUUGGGCUACCAUUACUAAAAUAUACUUUUUUUUUUACUACUAUAAUUCUCUAGAAAGUUCUUAGCUCUUAACUCUCAACUCUCAUUUAUGUUCUUAACCAUAUUCCUAGGUUUAAGUAGGAAAUACUUCCAUUUAGAAUAUCCCCAAAGGUUCAUGGCAGCUUAGUCUUUUCUUUCUCACUCACCUGUGUAUUUUAUACAUCCCCAAGGACUGAGAGGAUAAUUAGAUUCAGAAAGACAAUAACAUGUCAUCUUACACUAAGAUAAUAUUUCCACUGUUACAAAUUGUAGCAGAUUUAGGCUUACUUGUUAUUCAGUUUUUAAAAACCUGAAAUAUGUGUAACAUUUUAGGAACACAGAAAAUAACCUAAAGCAAUAGAUUCCCUUUAUAAACCUAGUGAAUAGAAUCAAUACUUCUUUUGCUGGCUCACAAGUGUUCUUAGAUGGAAAAUGUACCUACAAAAUAUGGCCUGAAAAUUAUGAUUGUUUAGUUUUUAUGGAAUAUAAGCUAGAGGUAAUUCAAAUCAAAGCCCUAUUGACAACUUGUACAUAUUUCAGUGAAAAGCAUUGUGUAGAAAUGUUCUUUUUAUAGUAUCAGAAGUAUAAGUCACUAGCAAAUGCCUUUACUACUAGCUUUAUUGCUUUCAUUAGUGAAGAUUUCAGAGAACUUUUUGUAAAGAAAUACUCUACUAGUUAAAGUGUAUCAGCAGUUUCAGGUCUGUGGAUUGGAGAGUUGUGUGGCAGAAAUUUUUUCUAUGCUUGUUGACGGGGAAACUCCUAAAGGAGCUAUUUGGUUCUAUUUUAUCAGACACUUGUUUUCCAAAAGGAUGUCUUAUAUAUAAAGGAGUAAGAACAAUUUAUGGCAGAAAAGUUCUUGAGAUUAUACUAUACUUAAAAAGAUAUACUGUUUGGUUGUGAAGUGUAGGUGUAUUAUUCAGCAUUAUGAAACAGUUAUACACCUUAUUUGAACUCCGUAUCUUUUCCAUUACUUUCUUUGUAAUCAGUGGCAAUAUACCAUAAAAUGGAAACCAUAUCAUGGAAUAAUAAGGAUAAAAGGAAACAUUUAUAAAUAGAAACAUGAUAAUUACCUGAUUUUUUUCCUUGACUCAGGCUAAAAGUUUUCCACAAUAAAAGCAAAUUUGUUCCACAAUUCAAAGGUAACUCAGUCAUCCAUGAAACUGAAUACAAAAGAAAUUUUAAGGGCUUAUCCCCAGUGAAAGAACCAAAAUUAAGAAGUCAUUUGAAGGAAAACGGAAAUUUUGAAACAAUAUCUACUGAAAAGAAGUGUAAUAAAACAGAUGAUCCUUUAAAAUCAGAAGCAGAGAUGGAAUCAAAAGACUCAAACCAGCCUAAAAAGAAACUUAUUCCUUGGAGACAUCAAAGACUUGGGAAGGUGAAUUCUGAAUAUAGAGCAAAAUUUCUGAGCCCAGCCCAGUAUUUAUAUAAAGCUGGGGCUUGGACACGUGUGAAGGAAAACAUACCAGAUCAGGCUUCUGUAAAUGCCAUGUGGUAUGCGGAGGUUAAAGAACUCCGAGAGAAGGCUGAGUUUUAUAGAAAACGAGUUCAGGGAACCCAUUUUUCUCGGGACCAUCUAAAUCAGAUUCUGUCUGAAAGCAACCGCUGUUGGGAUGUCUCCUCAACUACGAGCUCAGAAGGAACCAUUAGCAGCAAUAUCAGAGCGCUAGAUCUUGCUGGAGAUCCUACAAGCCAUAAGGCUUUGCAGAAAUGUCCUUCUACACAGCUAGAAGAAAAAAGACCUAUCUUGGAAGAACAGCCCCAGAAAACUACCACAGAGAAAUUGGGUGUGUCAGAUGCUCCCAUACCUGUUAGAAGGCGUCUGGCUUGGGAUGCUGAGGACACCACUGAAGACAUACAGAAACAACCGAGAGAGGAGGAGGAGGAGGAAGAGGAAAGGGACAAGCAGGUUAAUGUGGAAGAGCUGGAGAAGUUGGAAGUACAGGAAGAAUCUAAAGCAGACAAGAUAAAAGAAGAGUCAGAGUCAUCUUCUAUGUCUUCAGGGAAAGGAGGCAGGCUUCCUACUCCAAAGCUGAGAGAACUGGGUGGAAUCCAGAGGACUCAUCAUGAUCUUACCACUCCAGCUGUUGGUGGUGCAGUUUUAGUGUCUCCAUCUAAAGUGAAGCCUCCAGUCAUAGAACAGAGGAAAAGAAUAUCCUCUCAGGAUGGCUUAGAAACUUUGAAGAAUGACUUUAGGAAGAAAGAAAGUCGUGCCAUAUCCCUCCUGACUUCUCCAGCUGCUGGUAUUAAAACAGUUGAUCCCUUGCCUUUGAGGGAAGAUUCUGAACCCAAUAUCCCCAAAUUUGGUGAGACAACUCUUCCAGUUUCAAAAAUGCUAGAAUACCCACCUAACACACCUGGGAAGUCUGCUUCUCCACCCUGCGCCCCAUCCUACUGGCAUCCUUCUCGUCGAAUUCAGGGCUCCCUGAGAGAUCCAGAAUUCCAGCAUAAUGUGGGAAAAUCAAGGAUGAACAAUUUCCAGUUACCUCAGCAUGAAGCCUUUAAUGAUGAAGAUGAGGACAGGUUCUCAGAAAUCUCUGCUCGCUCUGCGGCCUCUAGUCUCCAGGCUUCUCAAACUCUGGCACGAGCUCGGAAAAGGAAGGAGAGUUUCUGGGGCAAAACAUAGCUAGGCAGACACCUAGUUGGGUUGCUUUUAUCUGGGGGAACCAUUGGCAUACUUUUUCAUUAUUGCUUUACUAUGUUAAGACUUCAAGUAUUUGGAUUUUUUGCUAACAUUUCCCACUUAAAAAGAAUUGUUUUUUUGUUUUUUUUUUUCAAUACUCAGUUCAAUCUACUGGAAAAUUUUUAACAUAGGUUCAUGAAAUUUUAACUUUUGAAGGAUUCUUUUUGCAUCUGUUCCCAAAAUAUAAAGACAUAGAUUAUAUAGUUCUUCACAUGUUCUAACUUGUAUAAAGUGUCAGGGCUAGCUGGUAGAAUUGUGAAUUUCCCCUAUCCAGAGAAUAUUCUUAAAUAUGAAUAAAGUAAAGUAAAAAUUAAGAUUUAAGUGUAAAGUAUAGAUUACCUGAAGAUUGGCUUUAUGUAUCUUUACAGUUGUAGAUGUCAUAAAAUGAAUUUGUUGUUCCUUUAACUUUUGCUGUGGUGUUUAUUUUAUACCUUCUGUUUGUGGUUACAGUGUUAAAAUAAUUGUACUUCAGAUUGAAAAUACUAGCUUUUGUAUAUACUUUUCUUAUUUAUGUAACAAAGUUUGCUGAGAGAAUAUGUAUAUUUUUUAUCUUUGUGUGUAUUCUGUUUGUAUAAGGACUUUGGCUUACAUUUGAAUAAUGUCUGAAUUUUGAAAAAUUUGUAUAAUGGAAAAUUAAAACUUUGUAGAUAUUUUGAAAUAAAACGAUCAACUGUU